UACUACUUCGAAUACAGUAGCCACAAGCAAAGAGUAAGAAGAGUGUGUACCUGCAAACCCUAAACCUGUACACCUUAAUAAUAUACGUUGUCUUAUGUUCCGUGGAGGUAAAUCUCAGAAUCUGGAUUUUCUUUCUUUUGCCUGGAAAUUUGGAACUUUCUGGGAAUCUUACAGGACUUUAACGAUCUUCAGGGCUUUGGAAACACUCUGAGAUCCAUCUCGGAAGCACUUUGAAAACCUGGACUCAUCUGGAAAUCGUUCUUCACAGCAGAACUUGGAAGCUAUUACAGGAUUUGAGUCCUUUUGUGACCUUAGUGACACUUUUUACAUACUCCUAGUCCCUUGCCUUGGAACAUCAGAGACACCUGAUUGUUUCUGAAUACUUUCUGGAAUACUAGGUUCAUUGUACAGUCUUUGGAAGCCUGGCGUUAUCAGAAGCACACUGAGAUUUACUUUAUGACCUAACCUGUAAACUGGAACCAUUCUGCAAUCUAAGUCUUUGUACCUCUAAAAUCUAUCUUUGGCUAUUUCUGGAAUUUUGGACACAAACCACAAACUUGACAUCUUUUAGAACUGCACGCUGAUUCCUGAGUAAGUCCCCCAUCAUUCCCUCAAACUUUCCCAAUGGCUCAGUCAGGCUCUUGCCCAAACUCAGACCUGCCAAAUGGCGCCGUUGUCCAUGGCCCGCUAGGUAUUUGUUCAGACCCAGAUACCCAGAGAGGAAGAGAGGACGAGGAAGGAGAAGAGGGAGAUGAGGAGGUGGAACUAGCUGAGGAAGUAGGGGAGGAUGUUUUGAUGAUGGCUGAAGCAGAAGAGCGGGAAGUCGAAGGAGAGAGCAGAGAGCAGAGUGAAAGGGAGGAAGUGGGGAUUAUCCAAGUGGCCCUGUUACAAAAUGGAGUAAUACGAGAGGGGGAGGAAGGAGGUGAAAGACUGGAGGAAAACUCUGAGGAAGGAGUAGAACUGGUGGAUGAAGAGUAUGACAUGAUAGAACAGACAAGAGAGACAGACGGUGAGGGCAAGGGAGAGCAAGAGUCAAAAGACACAACGGCAGCAUUGAUAGAGGAUAAGAAAGGUCAAGAGCAGAUAUUAGACAGUAAUGAAGAAAAUGAAGACAGCAGGGAAGGUGAAGAAAUGAAACAAGAGGCAGUGACAGCAAGUUCAGCAACAGAGCUCACAGAGGAUGAGACCAGUGACAAAGACAAUGGGUUGGUAAAGGUGGUGUCCAGUUGUGAUGAUGGAGAGCAUGUUCAGGAUUCUCUGGUAGAAGAGGCAGGAGAGGAUACACAAGUGUCUACAGAAGACACAGACAAAGCAGAGGUUGUUACUCUACCCAUUAAUGCUGAGGUAACAGAUCCAACAAUAGAUGUGACCCCUGUUGCCAUUUGGACGAAAGAACAAGCCAACAAUCAAGAUGAUCUAUACCAAACCUCAGCUGUUGGCAACAGUACCAUAACCUUUGAUGCAACUGACACAAUCAAAGUGGUGGCCAAUCAAACCGAUCAAUUAACCAGCGAGAAGGGAGAGGAAACGAAAAACACUGAUGAGAAGGACAACUCACAACCCAGCAAACAGGAAGUUGAGUCUGUUAAUAAUAACAUCACAUGGCAACAGAAGGAUGUCAUAGAGGCAAAGGCUGAGGCUGAGGGAAGCACAGAGUUUGUGGAAGACGCAAUGUCCACCUUUGAUAAUAUUCAAGACAUAGAGGGUGAAGCAAAACAGAAUGGUGAGACACCAGACUUUGCCUUUGAAGCCUCUGAGGAACAGUCACAAACAGAAGUAGGGAUUGAGGAAACGCGGGUGGUAGGGAUCAACCAGGAGGAGCAAGAGGAAAAAUCAGUCCGACAGGUUGAGGUUAAUACUCUAUCAUUGAUGGGUGGGGGAGGACAGAGUGCGGAGGAGGAUGGGAAGACAGGCGAUAACGUUAUUAGAGAGUCAGUAGGUGAGGAAGAGCACAGACAGUCAGGAGAUCUAGAAAUGCGAGAGAAUAUUGUUCAAGUUACAAACCAGGCUAAGGUAGAUCUCCAAGAACCUGUACAGCAGUGUGUGGAGGAGGUACUUUUAGACACACAAAAAGAUUUGGACCAGGUGGAGGAGGCCUUUGAACUGGAGGAAGGGGCUGAAGUUGAACCUAAUCAGUCAGUAGGUGAGGGGACAUCAGAGGAGAAUGAGUCCACAACAGAGGAGGGUAAUGACUUGCAAGAACAUCUUUCACAGAUGCUCAAAGAAGUAGGAACAGAUUGGGGAGAAAAACUGAGACAGCAGGUCCUUGUAGAAGAUCAGAAGGGAGGAGGAGCAGAAGAAGAAGAAGAAGAAGAAGAAGAAGCAAUGGAGGGUGAGGUAGAGAUGGCAGAAGAGCCUGUGACUGUUUUAGAUGAUGAGAUUGAAGAGGUAGAGGAGAGCCAGAGGAGAGAACUUGAAGAACAAAAGCCUGCCGCCAUUACAGCCCCCUGUGAAACCAACAUAGCUGAGACAAAGGAUGGAGAGCAUCAAGAAUUGCAAGAACAGAAGCUUGAACUUGGUAAGGAGAAUGAGGAACAGAAAAAUGAAAAAGGAGAGGUAGAGAGGGACGAGAAGCCAAAAGAUGACAACAGAGAGGUAGAGUUGGAUAUCAAUGGAAGAGUUAAAGGACUGAAGCAAGCAAUGGAGAAUGGAAUUUUGAGUCCUGAACCACAGCCACUCAGGAAAGAAGAAUGGGGGAUGACAAGAGUGCUGUCAUCCAGGAGAAAAGAUAAUGACUGGAUUAAAAAAGUUCAAUGCGAGGAAGAGGGAGAACCACAAAUAAAAGACUGGAGGAAAGAACUGAAGCCUGUGAAAAAAGACAUCUGGGAACCCGAGAGGGGACGAAAAGAAUGGCCGAAGAGGGAAACAUCACCAGAGGAGAAAAGUCCUCCAAAGAAGGAGGACUGGAUAAAAGAGCUGAAGUCAGUGAUUAAAAAUGAAUCCUUGCCCAAAAAGAGGGAUGAGCAGGUGAAGAAAAAGCGGGUGGUGCUGUUGGAGGAUGGCCAUUCAUACAUCCCCCAGCGGGAAGAGAUGAUUGAGGAGAGAAAAGAGGAGGUGAAACUGAUCUCCCAUAGGAGGGUGGGGAGCCCUUUGCCUCCUGGGCACAGGAACAGAGCAACACCCCAAGACCAGGACUACGAGAUCUCACUUUAUGUCAAGGCAGGGAGUGAUGGCGAGAGCAUUGGUAACUGUCCAUUCUCUCAGAGGCUCUUUAUGAUCCUGUGGCUUAAAGGAGUCAUCUUCAACGUCACCACUGUUGACCUCAAAAGGAAGCCAGCGGACCUGCAGGACCUCGCUCCAGGAACCAACCCUCCUUUUGUGACCUUUAACGGCGAGGUCAAGGUUGAUGUCAACAAGAUCGAGGAGUUCCUGGAGGAGAAACUGAUCCCACCACGCUACCCCAGACUGGCUCCCAGACACCGUGAAGCCAACACGGCGGGCAUUGAAGUGUUCGCCAAGUUCUCAGCUUACAUCAAGAACCCAAGGAAAGACACCAAUGAUGCCUUAGAGAAAGCCUUGCUGAAGUCUCUCCGGCGUCUCGAUGACUUCCUGAGGACUCCCCUGCCUGAGGAGAUCGAUGCAGACGCCUCAGGAGACCUGCCUGAGUCCUCCAGGAGCUUUCUAGAUGGAUCCGAGCUCACCCUGGCUGACUGCAACCUGCUGCCUAAACUACACAUUCUUAAGGUCGUCGCCAAGAAAUACAGAGGCUUUGAGAUCCCGGCGGAGAUGACGGGGGUGUGGAGGUAUUUAAACAGCGCCUAUCAGAAGGAGGAGUUCACCAGCACCUGCCCCGCUGAGAGGGAGAUCCACUUUGCCUAUCUGGAUGUCGCGAAGCAAAUAAAAUAAAAUGAAGAGGAAAGACAUCAAACAGAGAGGAGCGAAGUGACUUUAGUAAACUGUGGAGAGAUGUAUCAGGCGUAUCUGUAGGAGGUACAAGUAGUUGUGGGACAUAGUUAAAAAAGGAAACAUGACAAAUGAAGAAUAAGAGCUUCAGGUUAUAGACUAGGCCCAUCCAAACUGAUAGGCUACUAAAACUCCAGUGUGUGUGUCUACAAUGUGUGCAUGUGUGUGUGUGUGUGUGCUCUCACGGGUUGGGUUGCACAGUCUACUGUAUCUUUAUGCUAAUCAUUUUACAAAUAAUCACAGUAAUUGUUGUAAUCUUGUAGAACUUGUGUAGGUUUUCACCUUUCAGACAAUGGCAGGGCCAAGUUCACUGCAAAGAUGAAAUCAGCAGCACAGUGAACAAGCCUCACGCUUCAGUAUCACUGCAUUAGGAACCGUUCAGUCGGUGUUUAGCUAAUAUUAUGUCGUCUAAUGAUUAGGUCUUGGUUAACACUUGUUUUUUCCAUUUGAUUUUAUCAUAUUAAUAACUCAGGUGAGGAAUGACAGAACAUUAUAAACACUGUACCAUCAUGAGGGCGUGCACAAAAGAACGGUUUGACAUUUUGGGAAAUGCACUCAUUUGCAUUCUUGCCAAGAGUAAAGCCUAGUUCACAUUACACGAUUUUCAUCUUAAUUUUGUGUCACGGAGACUAAUCUUUUGAGCGUUCAUACCCGGCGACGUGUGCUUCUGUCAGUGGGAGUCUCGCCAACUGCGUUACGACCUGUGUGUGCACACCACAAGAUUUCUCCACCGAGCCCUCGCCGACAGAG